AUGCCCGGACCGAUGCGGGUGGUUGGAGGUGCACUGUGGUUCGAUCCAAUCGUACGUUCGCACUCCGUCUCCCCCUUCGAGAUUCGAGAGCCGUUCACUGACUCAUACGUGCGUUCUAGCCGGUGGGAUGCUUCCAUAGGCGCCAUCCAGAAUAUAUGCGCCGAUAUCAGCGAGAACACCGGUCAAGGCAAGGGCCUUGUCGUUCUCAUUGAGCAAUAUGGCCUAUUUGGCGCCUGGACCACGUCGCAGAGAGGGUCGCCGGCGCCACCCGACGAGACUCUCGAAAAGCUCAUCUCUAAUGGAGCCUUUGAGCAGCUCACUCUCGAUACGCUGGCGAGCGGGUCCCCCGCAGUAAGGUACAAGCCACAGGAGAAACGAGCUCUGGCGGUUCGGCUCGGCUACUGUCUCAUGGACUUUUUCGAUAGCGAUUUGAGCUCCAAACGCAUCUACUUUCUCGGUGCUCCGAGCAAAUCUUCCGGGAGCGAGACGCUCUACCUCUCGUUUGAUUCUGGCUAUUCAGCAACAGACGAAUCACAUAUCUUUCGCGUUGGCCAUCCUGCCCUGUUGUCAUUUGCGAAGCUCCUUUUGGAGAUAGAAUUCGGUAAAAUCAUUGACCUCGAAGUCACUCGCCAUUAUGGCGCGACCAACCGAGCUACUUGGGCAGCUCUUUGCGAGAUGGUCGAUAUGCUUGAGGAGGAACGCGACGAUAGUUACGUACAAGCCAUACGGGGCUGCCUCAUGGUUCACAGCCAGAUUUCAAAGGCGUUGCGGUUAAGCGGCACUGACAGCAAGACUGCUGAGCUUACGAUACGAAAAGAGAUUUACAGGGAGCUUGUUUGCAAACUGGAAGACGGUCUUGUUGAGUCCAUUCCACGAUACCAGCGGAAACGCCAGCGGUCUGAGUCUCCUGAGCCGAUCACACGGAGGAAGUCCAACGCGAGGGCCACUAGAAGCUCCUGGGAUACCGCUCUAUCCGAUCAGUCUCGCACUCUAGAACAUCCGCCACAAGGAUCACCCGCUUAUACGUCACCUGGUGCGUGGACUAAAUGUGUACCGGUGGAAGCCGUCAACCCCAUACCAAUUCCACGUACCCGGCGCCCUUGGAUACCAUUGCCAAAGUCCACUGGUCUGUUUGACGACUACACGCCUGACAAUGUGCUCCCCGAUGUCGCCGCGCAUGCCGACAGCUUCAUCAACCAUCAUCGAAAUUUCUACGACAAUCUCAUUCAAAAUACUCCCGAUAUACCUCGUAUCAAAGUGGCAGUCCUAGAUACCGGCCUCGAUGUGGGUCAUCCAUCCAUCCAGGCCAACGUGGAGCAAAUCAAAGAUGUGAAAAGCUGGUUACCCGCCAACAGCGCAACAACUGGAAGCGACCCCUGCGGCCAUGGUACCCAUGUGAUCGGCCUCUUGUUAGACGUCGCACCUGACUGCGAUGUAUACGUCGCCCAAAUUGCCGACAACAAGAAUCCUCUCUCCCUUCACCAAAUCGCCAAAGCCGUCGACCAUGCCGUGGCCGUGUGGCAAGUAGACAUCAUUUCCAUGUCCUUCGGCGUCCUCGACGAAAGAGAGGACGGGUGUGAUGAGCUCCGAGCGGCCCUUCUUCGAGCCCACGCUGCGAAGGUCUUGAUGUUCGCCGCCGCCUCGAACACCGGAGGCGUCGACCCGGCUCCGGCAUUUCCCGCGCGACUUAGCAACGUGUUUUGCAUCUACUCCGGGCGUGGAGUCUGCUUGGCCGCGGCAUCUCUCGUCGUACCCCUGGACCAAGCGCAAAUCGGGGACAUCCUUCGCGACGCCGAUUGCAGCGGGGAUGGUGGCAGUCUUGCUCUUGUACGCGUGCCAGAACUUGCCGCCGGAUAA